CAACCCCACGCCUCCCCUCUCUGCCAUUAUUGCCCGCGCAGCCAUCCUCUCUCUCCCUCCUUCGCCGCCCUCGCUAUAUGGGGUCCUGCUCCUUGCUUCCUCAUCCAGUCCUCCCACCACCUCCUCUGCUUCCUCCUCGCCCUGCUCCCGUCGCACGCGCGCGCGCUCGUGAGCCGAGCUCCGCCUCGCACGGCCACGCCCCCAAACUAUCACCGCGUUUUACACCACCACCGCUUCCUCCUCAGUCCUCAGCGUUCCGCUUCGCUAAUCCCGAGCGCCGGGACUCGUUUUUCGGCCGGCGGUCGUGGGAGGCCCUACUACCCUGCUAGCCGCCAGCACAUGUGAGGUGAGGCCAAUGGGGGAGGAGGUGGCGGUGGUGCUGGAGCCGCCGCGGCCCAAGUCGCCGCCGAGGUACCCGGACCUGUGCGGCCGCCGGCGGCUGCAGCUCGAGCUCCAGAUCCUCAACCGCGAGGUCGACUUCCUCAAGGAAGAGCUACAAUCACUUGAAGGAGUUCCUCCAGUUUCUAGAAGCUGUAAAGAGGUAAAUGAGUUUGUUGGUACUAAACAAGACCCGCUACUACCAAUAGAGAAAAAGAGGCACAGAUCUUGCCGUCUUUUUUGGUGGAUCAGAUCAAAAUUGUGCAUAUGCGUGCCAUGGAUCUGCUGCUCCUGCCAGUGCUGGCCCAAGUGCAAAAGGCCAUGCUGCUUCGAUUGCUCUUGCUGUUCAUGCCCCGAUGUGUUGUGCUGCAAACCGAGCUGCAAAUCAUGCAACAAGCCGUGCUGUGGGCCGAACAGCUGCUCGUGUUGUGACGCCUCGUGCUGCAAACCCGAUCGCCCAUCCUGUAGUCCGACCUGCAGCUCAUGCUGCCAGCCAAACUGCGGCUCGUGCUGCAAACCAAGCUGCAGCUUCUUCAGGCUCCCCUCAUGCUGCAAGUUCCAGUGCAGCCCAAACUGCUGCACCUGUACCCUGCCGAGCUGCCCCGGCUGCAACCCCUGCGGUGGUUGCAAGGGAUGCUGCUCAUGCCCCAGCGACUGCAAGCCAAGCUGCGGCUGUUUCAGCGCGCAAUGCUGCAGCUGCGCCUGCCCCCGUUGCUCCGGCUGCUUCGGGUGCUUCAAGUCUUUCAAGUGCUCGAACCUGUUCGGGGGCUGCUGCUCCUGCAAGCAGUGCUUCAAGUGCCAGUCGUCGUGCUGCAAGGGGCCGCCGUCCUGCUGCAAGUGCCAGUCCUCGUGCUGCGAGGGGGAAGACGGCAGCAGCUGCUGGAGGCCGUGCUGCAGCGUCCCGAAGCCGUCGUGCCCCGGGUGCUCGUGCGGGUGCGUUUGGUCGUGCAGGAAGUGUACAGAAGGGUGUCGAUGUUCCGGGUGCCGGAAUCCGUGCUGUGCCACCGGAUGCUUGUGCUGAAGUUGAAUUAGAUGUUUUCUUGUUGUUUCU